AUGGGUUGUAACGCUAGUGUAGAGAUCAUUGAAGAUGAAAACGAUCCUUUCUUACAGAGUAAAAGAGCGAACGAUGCUAUAGAACAAUCUCUACAUCUACAGAAGCAAAAUGAUAAAAAUCAGAUAAAGUUAUUACUCUUAGGUGCAGGUGAGAGUGGUAAGUCCACCGUGCUUAAACAGUUGAAGUUAUUGCAUCAAGGUGGCUUCACCCAUCAGGAAAGAUUACAAUAUUCCCAAGUUAUCUGGGCAGAUGCCAUACAGUCCAUGAAAAUUUUGAUAAUUCAGGCUAGAAAACUAGGUAUACCAUUGGAUUGUGAUGAUCCAAAAAGUCAUAAAGAUUUAUUCGAAAUGAAGAGAACACUUUUGAAAGCAAAGCCUUUAGACUUAAUUGAUAAGCAUAUGGCUGGUGGCUCUGAAUUCUUAAAUGACUACGUAUUGAAAUAUUCUGAAAGAUAUGAAACGAAAAGAAGAGUUCAAAGUACAGGAAAAGCUAAAGCCUUUGAUGAUAAUGACACUAAAAAACAAAGUGACGCUAAAGACGAUGACCCUGAGGCAACUUCUAAAGAUAUGGACGAAACCGGCACUGAUGAAAUGUUUGUAGAUGUUAAUCCAAAUUCGAGAAAACCUCAAUUGACAAAUACUGAUAUUGCUAUAGCCAUUAGAGAAUUGUGGACCAAAGAUCAAGGUAUUAAACAAUGUUUUGCUCGUUCGAAUGAAUUUCAAUUAGAGGGCUCUGCAUCAUAUUAUUUUGAUCACAUCGAGAAAUUUGCACAACCAAAUUAUGUGUGUUCUGAUGAAGAUAUUCUAAGAGGUCGUAUAAAGACCACUGGUAUAACAGAGAAUGAGUUCAAUAUUGGAUCUUCCAAAUUCAAAGUUUUGGAUGCAGGUGGUCAAAGGUCGGAAAGAAAAAAAUGGAUUCAUAGUUUUGAAGGCAUUACUGCUGUGCUGUUUGUCCUUGCUAUGAGUGAAUAUGAUCAAAUGUUGUUUGAAGACGAAAGAGUUAAUAGAAUGCAUGAAUCAAUUAUGCUCUUUGAUACACUAUUGAACUCAAAAUGGUUCCGUGAUACUCCAUUUAUAUUGUUUCUCAAUAAAAUGGAUAUAUUUGAGGAUAAAGUGAAGAAAAUGCCAAUAAGGAAAUAUUUCCCAGAUUAUCAAGGUAGAGUAGGUGAUGUAGAAGCAGGUGUCAAAUAUUUCGAAAAAAUUUUCUUAAGUUUGAAUAAAUCAAAUAAACCAAUAUAUGUCAGGAGAACAUGUGCUACAGAUACACAAACGAUGAAAUUUGUAUUGAGUGCUGUGACAGAUUUAAUUGUACAGCAAAAUUUAAAGAAGAGUGGUAUCCUCUGA